AUGGAGGAACAUCAGAUGGAGUUCACUAAUUUAGCACAGUCUGAGGCACAGUCUGAGACACAGUCUGAGGCACAGUCUGAGGCACAGUCUGAGGCACAGUCUGAGACACAGUCUGAGGCACAGUCUGAGGCACAGUCUGAGGCACAGUCUGAGACACAGUCUGAGACACAGUCUGAGGCACAGUCUGAGGCACAGUCUGAGGCACAGUCUGAGACACAGUCUGAGGCACAGUCUGAGGCACAGUCUGAGACACAGUCUGAGGCACAGUCUGAGACACAGUCUGAGGCACAGUCUGAGGCACAGUCUGAGACACAGUCUGAGGCACAGUCUCCUGCUCAGGCUGAAUCUCAGUCUAAGUUCGAAUGGCCAAGUGACAAUCUAAAAAUACAUCCAUUGAUUAUAUACCUGUUGGUUGUGUCACGUGACCUGGUGAAAAAGAUAAGACCACAAUUGGAGCAAUAUAAGACCCUUGGAAGCCCUGGAACGCCCCACAUCGCCUGGAUCACCCUCGUCUGGAUCUCCCUACAUCGCCUGCAUCUCCCUCGUCUGGAACUCCCCACAUCGUCUGUCAUGAAGUGGCUUGCAGUGAGCUUGGUCCUGACCACCUUGAGUGUGUCGCUUGCCUUGCCUUUCAGUCGCGAGGCUAGCAACAGGGAAGCACUCAUUCCGCUGGCUCACAGUCUGGGAGCAACACGCUUUGUCCACUUCAUACACGAAGCCAACCUCACUGCCAACUUUACCAAGAAGGCCGGGAACUUCACCCUGUUUGUGCCGGACAACGCCGCAUUCAAGGAUCUGUCCAGAAAUAUCUCAGGAAACAAGACCCUGUUAAAGGAUCUCCUCCUCUUCCACUCUGUCAAGGGAACUUACACAAGAGACAAGUUCACCCUGGGGAAGAAGAUUCGGACUUUGUCUGGCAAAUACCUUGUCUUCAACGUCACCAAAACCAGGGCAGUGCUUGUAAACGGGGUCAACAUCACCAAGUUUAAUCAGAGAGCCACAAAUGGGGAAAUCUUCAUCCUUAGCAAGGUCAUUCUCGAGGGAUCAGGUCUGAAAAACGCAACCAAUUCCACAAAGUCAAAUGUGGUACUUGGCCAUCAGGUUUCUAUGCAUUGCCGUAAUGGCACACAGGGUACAAACUGCACUCACCAUGGAAACGGUACCCAUAGCAACGGUACUCAUGGCAUCUCCACAUUAUGCCUCAACGGGACCUUGGGUGUCAACUGCACUCACCAUGGAAACGGUACCCAUAGCAACGGUACUCAUGGCAACAUGACGCAUGGCAGCAUCACUCAUAUUCUAAGCCGGGCCUAUGGCCACUACAGUACCUUGAUUGCGGACUUGAUGAAAUCUGGUGUCUGGAGCGAGCUCGAGAGGCCUCAAGUGACCCUCCUCGCGCCAACCAAUGCAGCGUUCAGCAAGCUCCCGACAGCCUACAGAAACAACCUUGACAAUCACGCCAAAUUCCUGGAGAGUACCAUGAUGUACCACGUCCUGGACGGCAUCCACGCCCCCACCUCUCUGCACCAGAACGACAUGCUCACCUCCCUAGAGGGACAUCGUAUCCACGUCUCCAUGCAGAACGGUCACGUGCAUCAGUUCAACAAAGCCAGCAUCCUGAACGUGAUUCACGCCACCAACGGCGUCAUCUACGCCCUGAACGGCGUCCUUCACCUGCCAAGCAACCCUAUUGUGUGAUGGAGAUGUAGAGGUACCCCUGUAAAAGUGAUGCAAUACUGCUUGAUGUAGAAUGUUGCAAUAAAAUGUUACUGCAUCGGC